GCGGGGUCGGUGCGGGGCAACCCAGCCGGAGUAACGGGACGCUCAGUGUGCCGCGGGUCCCAACAGCCCGAGGGGUCCGACGCCCAGGGGCGCAGGGGUGACGGUAGAAGGUGAGCCAUGCCCUACCUGCUCAUCAGCACCCAGAUCCGCAUGGAGGUGGGCCCCACCAUGGUGGGCGAUGAGCACUCGGAUCCGGAGCUGAUGCAGCAUCUGGGGGCCUCCAAGAGAAGUGUCCUGGGGAACAACUUCUGUGAAUACUAUGUCAACGACCCGCCUCGCAUAGUCUUGGACAAGCUGGAGCGCAGGGGCUUCCGCGUGUUGAGCAUGACAGGUGUGGGCCAGACCCUGGUGUGGUGCCUGCAUAAGGAGUGACCUUCUCAUGCUAGAAGGGGCACCUGCUUCACUGACUGCCUGCUCUCUUGUCCAUAUUGUCAUCUUCAGCCAAGCAUGGAUGGGUAGGGUUGGCCUUGCCCUGGUCAGGGGUGGGGGUGGGGCUGGGCCAAGUGUUACAUCAUCCCCAGCUGCAGGCUGCCCAGCCAGAGCUUGCAGUCCAGAGGAGGACAGCCCAGGAGGGGUGGGCAGAUGC